AAACAAAAUGUCAAACUUUCAAUAAUUUUUGGUGUGUGUGUUGUGUGUUGUAAUUUGUGUGCUUUAAAAUAAUACGUAUUUCCUUAAUAUUUAAAUGUUUGAUUGAAUGAACUAAUUGGUUUAAAAGAAGAAAGUGCUUUACAUUUGCAUUCGUAUUAAAGUAAAUAAGUGUUAAAGGUUUUCACAUUAAUUUGACUUGCGCGAUAUUUUUGAUGAAUCUACUUUGUAUUACUCAAUAAACGCUAUUUUAGGUGGUGACGAUUUGUUUGAAUCUAAUACCAAGUUUAAAUCGAUUACAAGUAACCUACAGAAAUGGAAGAGGCCGGCUUCCCUGGGCAGCACACAACCACCACAGUGACAUCGAGCACCACAGUGCAGACCAACAUACGCUUUGACCCCUCCUACGUCAAGACUGUGCCUGGCGUGCUCAAGGUGGUGCAAGUGAGCUGCAGCUUGCUGGGCUUCAUUUGCAUUCUAGUGUCUAAGUUCGGCUCGCUGGCACAAGGUACUUACUUCAACUGGAUCGCCAUGAUCGCCUUCUGGUUCACGGGUAUCCUGCUGGGGCUGUACCUGUUCCACAUAGUGGAGAAGUUCUACAAGAUCCCGUGGCUCAAGAUCGAGUUUGUGUUCACGGCGCUGUGGACGCUGCUGUACCUCAUCGCCGCCAUCUUGGUGGGUACGGCGUACUACGACAACGCACAUACCGCGGCCACGUUCUUCGGGUCGGUGGCGACGGUCGCGUACGCGCUGGACGCGGUGCUGAAGUUCACGGCGGUGCGCGCGGGCGGGCUGGCGCAGGGCUCGCGCGUGGUCUCCAAGCAGACCACCUCCGUCAGUCCGCCGCGCGAGGGCUACUAGACCAACCGAGCCGAGGGUACUUGUCAUUCAUUGGACUGUUCUACCGACACUUGGAGCGCCAGAAAAUGUAUGUCAAUUGACGUUGUUUCAUUUUAUUUUUAACAGUUUUACCGACACUCUUGCUGAGUAAUCAGUUACAGUUCUUUGGUUCAAAAGUUCAAAGGCUUAAUUGACAUAGUUUUUACUGUGUUAAUGAGACUUGGAGUGUCAACGACAUUUUUUGCUUAAUAAUCGGGAGUUCUUUGGCUCUAAAUGUGUAAUAGUAUUUAAUUGUUUUACCGACACUCGGAUAUUUGAAGCCCUUGGGCGCACAAGUUUAUUGAUAUACUUUAAUGAAUUUCGAUAAAACUGUUACUUCAUAAAGUUGAAAGCCAAAGUCUCAAGAAUAUUAAUUUAACAUUUAUUUAUUUUUAUUAAACGGUGUUACCGACAUUUAUUGCAUGUUAAACGCUCAUUUCUAUACCUUUUCUAACGCCUGUGGCGAUUGCCUUGUCAGAUUAUAGUAGAUCAUUCCUGUACGGGGAAUCUUGAGAAGAGAAGACCCUUGGCUCAAAAAGUACUGUCAGUCAGUGUAACAAAUUGUAUUAAUAUCCUCCGAGUGUCGGUCAGACCGAGGUACUGUCAUCUGGAUCGAGUUUGAAUUAAAUAAUUAUGUAUUUGUAAAUCACUAACUUAUUAUUUAAGCAGUAAUAUUGUUAUUUUGAAUAUUUUGUAUAUUUUUUAUAAGCAACACGUAUUUACUGAUGGAUAGAUUGUUGAUCAGUUAAUUUAACCUGUAUUUUUGUUUCUAUGUAUUUGUAUGUUUCAAUUAUUUUGACUUGGUCACUCAUUUUUCACACACUGCCGUAUGUGUGGUGUACAUGAAGCGACAUACGUGACACGGAAUACCAAAUUUAUUAUUACUUUUUGCGUUUAUUUGAAGACAAAAUUAGUUUACUUUAUAAGGAUUGCACAAAAAUCAUGACAAAAUUACUUGUACUACUAUUGUUAAUUUUUGAUUUCUUGUAUAUUUAUUUCAUAAGUUUGCCUGAAAAUUUGUAGAAGUUGAAUUUACUUUUAAUAUAACUAAACAAUGUUGUGCCUUUAACAGUGCUUUUAUAACAUAAAAUAAGCAAAAACAGCACCUAGACUUAAAUUUAGUAGCGAUGUCCUAUCUUUUAGGAAAGAAAAAGAAACAGAGACUUAAAUAUUAAUAUUGCUUCUGCUAUUAAAUCAAUAAAUUAAGUCGUACUACGUUGUGACCUGUAAACCAUUCAAAUUGUGUCGAAAACAGAGUUCUGUUUCAAGAAAAAGAUUUAAAAUAAAUAUUUCACGCUGUUGCAUCAGCUAUUAUAUAAAAAAACAACAAUUGCGAGUAGGAUGAGUUUUUUUUUCUUUGAGUGUCAAAAUAUCCGUUUUUAAACCCUCAUUCGUACGAGAGCUUUUUAACGUAAAUUAAAAAUGCGUUCAAAUAUGAAAAUGCAACACUGUUCGAAAAAAAGCGUUUUUAAAACAGUUUUCAACUUGAUGCUAUACUCGACGUUAUACCGAAGAAAACGGUCUUGACAUAUAGACAACAAAGUAAUCUUAAAAAGGUUCCGUUUUUUCCUUUUGAGUUAGGUAUUAAACAUUAAAAAAUGUUUAUAUCGCGACCAAAUGUUUUCUCAGUAUAAUUAGGUAACCCACCUUGUAAAUAUCUUUUCUCGUUUUUCUUCGUUUUCUCAUUUCAUUGAUAACCAUCAUAACUUGUGAAAAUGAUUAUCAAAGUUAUAUUCAGUUGCAGUCACAUUGUUCACAACACCCUCUAUUACGAAUUUUAACGAAUUAUUCAAAUUAACGAGAUUUUAAUUAAGAUAAGUUAAUAAAUACCUAAGGUUAUUAUUUAAGUUUAACGAACAGAGGCGUGUUACGUGUACUUAAUAUUAAAUAUUUAGUGAUUGUAGACCGAAAGCUGGAGGUAUGUGUGACUAUCGCAGCCUCUCGGCCGAUUAGUAUUUAAAUGAAAUAUUACACAUGUAUUGCAAAAGUUUUUUACUAAAUAUCUCAAUCAAACAUGUCUAUUGAAAUAUCAAAGAAUUUUUAUUAUAUGAGUUUACUCCUUAUGUAUCAAUUUUCACAAUUUUGUGAAGAGUGAAAUUCGUUGAAGCGUUAUGUUUUUCUGUGUAACGCCUUGCGCACCCUUGCCUUUGCAAUCCUUUAUCAGUUUCAAAAAUUACAUAAAUGUUUUUAACAAAAACCGAGAGUUUUUAAAAUAUGUGUACCUAUGUUUUAUGCUUAUUGCAAUAGGGAAUGUGCAUAGUAUUUUUGCUUAAUAAACUAUUCAAAUAUUACAUAUAGGUAUGUAUUUGAAUAGCUAAAACACCAUUUUAUUUUUAGUUAUCCAAAGAUGAACUGUGACGUCACAAAUGCCAAAGGAUACUUCUAUUGGGUGCCACUGAUCUUGGUUAACUUUAACUAUUAAGAAGUUUUCCGGGGAUUUACACACCUUUUAAUAAAUACGUAUAAAUUAAAAAAAAUAUUGUGAGUAUGAAAAAAAUAACUGGCCUUAAUUGAAAUCACAUGCAUAUUCCCUAUUGUACUUGUGGAGUAAACUCAGUACUACGAAACAGACAUACACACAAACAUUUUUUCCGUCUAACCGUAUUUAAAGACUACCUCUUAACGUGUUAUGUAAUUUUUCGUGUUUUAUUAGUGUUAAGGAUAACUAUGUUAAAUAUAUGCUGUUACAUUAAAAUAGGUUUAUUGUUGUUAUGUCUAAUUUUAUUCUAAGGAGCUUUUUUACUGUAAUAUUUUAUUAACAAUGCUAUACAAAAGAUAAAAGAGCUAAAAAUAUUGUUAUUUGUAAUUGAAAAUUGCGUAUAUAUUUAAAAAGUGGCAGUUGUAUUGUUAUAGUUGAGAUUAGUGUAAGGCAUCAUUCACACUGGCGCAGAGUCGAAGCGAAGUGAUGCUGCAAGUUUUUAUAUUGAACUGUACAAUUAUUAUUUAUUACCUCAAUAGUUAAUAAAUAAUAGUCUACUAUUAUAUUAUAGUAUACGCGCUCAUUCACUUUACCACCCAGAACAACACGACGGCGAAUACAAAGUGCCUGAUAUAUGACGUCACCCGGACUUUGGUUUUUUAACCCACGAAAUCGGCGGCGCCUGGACUGAUACACUAAGGCCAAAACACCCUUAAUCUCUCUAAGCCCAAGUCCGAAUCUUAGAGGAGACGCCCUUAGAGAGUCGUUCUGCCUACGUCUUAUGCUUCUGCCUUUGGGCCCCUUCAGGCGAUGCUUCUGCGCUCGCCAUUCCCAUUAAGGUCCCAUUAAGGUGCCUACGGCACUUACACAAUCAGUAAAAACAGAAAAAUACCAAAACAAUGGCGAACUUCGAUACAUUUUUUGCUGACUAUUUCGAUAUUUAAAUGGUAAAUAUUAUGUAAAAUUAUAGGAAAUAGAUUUCUAAAGAGUAUCAUUGUAAGAUUCAUUAUCGUAUAAAAGUCUGAAUGAUUUAUUAGUAGUGCCAUCUGUGGAAUUUAUUUAUGCCCAAAUAUUAUUCUUUGACACUUUUCCUCACUUCUACUCUGCGCCAACGUGAACGGGGCCUAAGAAUCAAAUUCUGGUAGUUCACAACUAAAGGAACAUUGGUUUUUAAUAAUAUAUUAAAUUUUAAAAUCAAUGAAUGGAUGAUUUUUGAAUCGUCUUAUUUGAGCAUUUUAUAUAAUUUUAGAAAAUAUAAUUUUACACCUUGAAAAUGUUUUGAUGACCACAGUGCCUUAUCACUGUCAAUGAUCAAGUUAAAAAUUUAAAAUCCUUAGGGCCAUUUCACCACCUUCUGAUAAGGAUCACAUAGAAUAUUAUACCCAAAUGUAAGUUUUGUCUAUUUCUUACCCUAUGACAAAGACAAAACAUGUGAAUAAGAUAUCAGACACUUAUCUGAAGGUGGUGAAACUGCCCCUCAGUAUUAUCUUUUAUAAAAGCAUUUAUUAUAUCACUUUGUCACUUUUAAAAUAAAUGUCUAUUAAAAAAGUUAAUAUUUUUAUAUAAUGUUGUUUCUAAACGGACACUUGCUUACUCACGUGUAUUUUAUGACAUUGCAUAUUUUAUAUUAUCUAUAUUAUAUUAAAUAACUGGUAAAAUAAAAAAGAAUAUUAUAAAA